UUAUUUAUAUACAUUUAAUCUACAAUAAAUGAUUAUUUUUGUAAAAUAGACAGCAUGAUAAAUAAAUCAUCUUUUCCUGUAUGCAAUAAUCAACGGAAGUAUUGCAGUGUCCAAGUAAUGUUAGUAAUUGUACAUAUUGUACAUAUUAAAUUUUACGUCUGAAUGAAGCCAAUUAUGGAAACACCGACUGCAAAUUCGAUUAUGACAUGUCUAUAUUUUCACCUCGAGUGUGAUGAAAAUGCGCAUACACCGAAUAAGAAAGAAAUUGAAUAUAUGUAAAGUACAAAAUGUCUGAAUACCCAGAAAAUGUCGGUGAACAUGGAGAAGAGGAGAUAAAUCCUUUAGGGUUGUAUGAAGGUGAACGAAACGAACGCGGAGAUCGACAUGGUCUCGGAAGAGCGUUGCUUCCAAACGGUGAUAUGUACGAAGGACGAUAUUGCAAGGGAUUAAGACAUGGUCGAGGAUUGUAUGUAUUUAAAAAUGGAGCACGAUACGAUGGAGAAUGGAGACAAGGUGUGAAAUAUGGCCAAGGAACUUUUUGGUACCCUGACGGGACGCGAUACGAGGAAUACAUUAUUAUCUUCAAACAAUAUACACCUCAACCACCAUGUUAUCUCUAAAAUAUAUACAUUUAACAGGCGAAUGGAAACGGG